AUGGUACGCAACAUCGUCAUCCUUGGUGGCAAUUCCCACCCCAAGCUCGUCGACAGCAUCUGCGGCACCCUUGGCAUACCAGCCUGCCAGCGCAUCCUCGGCCGCUUCGAGGUCGGAGAGAGCAGGUGUGAGAUCAAGGACUCGGUCCGAGGCAAGGAUGUCUUCAUCAUCCAGACUGCUGGUCCUGGCCAGGUCAAUGACCACUUUAUGGACCUGUGCAUUAUGAUCUCGGCCUGCAAGACCGGUUCCGCCCGCCGAGUCACCGCUGUCCUUCCCUUGUUUCCCUACUCGAGGCAACCCGACGUGCCCUACAACAAGAGCGGCGCCCCUCUGUCUAAACCCACUGCCGAGCCUGCGAAGAAGGAUUAUACCUUCGAGAGCGUUCCUGCCACCCCUGCGCCUGGCAUCGCCAAGAGCGCCGGUCUCGCUUCUGGUGUCGACCUCUCCAGAAUGCUCAGCAAGACCUCCAUAUCCAACGGCAACACCGACUCUCCCCAGACCAACGGCACCAAUGGCGUCACCCGGAAUCAUGCCGACUCGGUCGAGUCAAGUUCGGGCGGCUUCACCACCCACGACUACGAGAACAUGUCCGUCAUUUCCUCCUUCCAGGCCAAACCCGGCUACAAGCGCUGGGUUGCCCAGGCGGGAACGCUCAUCGCCGACCUUCUGACCUGCGCUGGAGCCGACCACAUCAUCACCAUGGAUCUUCAUGAUCCCCAAUACCAGGGCUUCUUCGACGUCCCGGUAGACAACCUCUACGGCAAGCCUCUCCUCCAGCGAUACAUCCAACAGCACAUCCCCGAUUACCGGGAUCACAUCAUCGUCAGUCCCGAUGCCGGCGGCGCAAAGCGUGCCACCGCCAUCGCCGACAGCCUCUCUAUGGAAUUCGCCCUCAUCCACAAGGAACGUCGCCCGACCAAGAUCACGGAACGCCAAAACGCCACCAUGAUGCUCGUCGGCAAUGUGAAGGGACGCGUCUGCAUCCUGAUCGACGAUCUGGCCGAUACUGCCAACACCAUCACCCGCGCAGCCAAGCUGUUGAAGAAGGAGGGCGCCACCAAGAUCUACGCCCUCAUCACCCACGGUGUCCUGAGUGGAGAUGCCAUCCCCCGCAUCAAUGCCUCGGCCAUCGACAAGUUGAUUGUCACCAAUUCCGUCCCUCAGGAUGAGCACCAGGCUCAGUGUCCCAAGCUGGAGGUGCUGAACAUCUCGGCUGUCUUCAGCGAGGCCAUUCGCCGCGUCCAUCAUGGCGAGUCCAUCAGCGUCCUCUUCUCGUACGACUAG